ACUCCCUGUGUUGGGCCUCCAUGCUCACAGAGAAAAGGCUGUGUCACUAAUAUUUUGCUUGGAAAUUGUCAUGAGAGGCGCGGAAUGAAGCUAGGGCGUGAGGGAGGCGCCAGCGUGGAGGGAGAGCAGUACUAGCGGGGCAAAACAAGCAACAUAAGGCCCUCAAGACUGCAAGCUGAGGUGCUGAAGUGUUCGAGUGCUGCUGUGUUGCUUGUGUUGCUGUGUUGUGGGGAAUCACGCCGCCACUAGCAACACUACGGGGGAAGGAUGUCAGGGCAGCGUGGUGGUGUUGGGGGUGGGGGUGGUGGGGGCAGCAGUGGGGGGGGCUCUAGUGCCAACACCAACAGUUCCAGCAGCAACCCUCAUGGCCUCAAGCAGAUCGACCUUGACCAAAUAUGGGGUGACCUGAGGCAAGGCAUUGAGCAGAUUUGCUAUUCAGCGAAUUCCGUCCAUUUCCCGCGAUCGCGGAAAGUCACAGGCUCUUAUAAAGAGGUGUACAACAGCCAGGAGAUGUCGCGGCCGCGCUACAUGCAGCUCUACACGCACGUGUACAACUACUGCACCUCGGUCCACCAGCAGUCCACCAAGGCGGGGAGCAGCGGUGGGGGACCCCGGGCCAAGAAGAGCACAGCAGCAGGCAGCGGAGCGCAGUUUGUGGGGCUGGAACUCUAUAAACGCUUAAAAGACUUCCUCAAGACCUACCUUCUUACGCUUAUGAAGGAUGGUGUGGACCUGAUGGAUGAAGAGGUCCUCAGAUUCUAUACCAGACAGUGGGAAGAGUACCAGUUUUCCAGUAAGGUGUUGAACGGAGUGUGUGCCUACUUGAACCGACACUGGGUGAAGAGGGAGUGUGAUGAGGGGCACAAAGGCAUCUAUGAGAUCUACCAGCUGGCUCUUGUCACCUGGAGGGACCACCUCUUCCAGCCACUCAACAAGCAGGUGACCAACGCAGUAUUGAAGCUGAUCGAGAGGGAGAGGAAUGGAGAGACCAUCAACACGCGGCUUGUCUCCGGCGUCAUGAACUGCUACGUGGAGCUGGGUCUGAAUGAGGACGAGCCAAGUGCAAGGGGCCAGAACCUGUCUGUGUACCGGGAAUCCUUCGAGAACACUUUCCUGGAGGACACGGAACGCUUCUACACCAGGGAGAGCACCGAGUUCCUCAGAAAUAACCCUGUCACGGAAUACAUGAAGAAGGCGGAGACACGUUUGCUGGAGGAGCAGAGAAGGGUGCAGGUCUACCUCCAUGAGACCACGCUGGAGAAGCUGGGGAAGACCUGCGAGAAGGUGUUGAUUGAGAAACACCUUGAGAUCUUCCACAAUGAGUUCCAGCACCUACUUAAUGAUGACAAGAAUGAGGACCUGGCCAGAAUGUACCAGCUUGUCUCCAGGAUACCAGACGGCCUGCGUGAGCUACGGACUCUUCUGGAGCAGCACAUCACCAACCAGGGUCUUGCCGCCAUUGACCGGUGUGGCGACUCUGCAAUUAAUGUGAGUGAGCAGGAUCCCAAGAUUUACGUGCAGACAAUCCUGGAGGUUCACCGCAAAUACAACUCCCUGGUGCUGACGGCCUUCAACAACGACACUGGCUUCGUGGCGGCCCUGGACAAGGCGUGUGGUCGCUUCAUCAACAACAACAGUGUCACCAAGCAUCCCAAUUCCUCCUCCAAGUCCCCGGAACUCCUCGCCAAGUACUGUGAUCUACUGCUUAAGAAGUCGUCCAAGAAUCCUGAGGAGGCAGAGCUGGAGGACACACUGAAUCAGGUGAUGAUUGUCUUCAAGUACAUCGAGGACAAAGACGUGUUUCAGAAGUUCUACAGCAAGAUGUUGGCCAAGCGUCUGGUGCAGCACAUGUCGGCCAGCGAUGACGCCGAGGCCUCCAUGAUCUCCAAGCUGAAGCAGGCGUGUGGCUUCGAGUACACCUCUAAACUCCAGCGAAUGUUCCAGGACAUAGGUGUGUCGAAAGAUCUUAAUGACCAAUUCAAGAAGCACCUGGCCACUGGUAAUGAGCCACUUGACCUGGACUUUGCCAUUCAGGUCCUCUCUUCAGGGUCAUGGCCCUUCCAACAGUCCCAGACAUUUACUCUCCCACAUGAGCUGGAGCGGAGUGUGUCGCGCUUCACCUCCUUCUACUCUGGCCAGCACAGCGGUCGCAAGCUCAACUGGCUCUUCCAUCUGUCCAAGGGUGAAAUAGUAACCAAUUGCUUCAAAAACAGGUAUACGCUUCAGGCCUCAACCUUUCAAAUGGCCGUCUUACUGCAGUUCAAUAACGCCGUGUCUUGGAGCGUCAGCCAUCUGCAGGAGAUGACUGGUAUUUCCCAAGACAUCCUCCUCCAAGUGGUGCAAAUCCUGCUGAAGUGCAAGCUUCUCAUCUCAGAUGACGACGAGGAUGUCUCUCUCGACUCCAGGGUGAAUCUCUUCCUCGGCUACAAGAACAAGAAGCUCCGAGUCAACAUCAAUGUGCCAAUGAAGACAGAAAUGAAGAUAGAGCAAGAGCUGACCCACAAGCACAUAGAGGAGGACCGCAAGCUACUGAUCCAGGCUGCCAUCGUGCGAAUAAUGAAGAUGAGGAAGGUCUGCAAACACCAACAGCUACUCAUGGAAGUGCUCAAUCAACUCACACCCCGAUUCAAACCCAGGGUACCGACAAUUAAGAGAUGCAUUGACAUUCUGAUAGAGAAAGAAUACUUAGAAAGAAUAGACGGCCAGAAGGACACGUACAGUUACCUUGCAUAAAUAAGGUAGUUAUUGUAAGUACGGAAACAAGGACUACUGCGGUGAGCCCGGGCCGAGAGCACAGUGUGUGGGAGUGUGACUGUGCGGUGACGUAUACUGCAGGCCUUGCCGUGCCCAGGGUUGUCUGUGGGAGGGUUUGGGGGCUGGGACGGGAGGGUAGGGACAAGGAAUAUAAGGGUAACUGUUCUUGCGUUGAGGCAGCACGUUCCAGGCAAGUCCACAGGUCCUAAGAUGCUUGUAACUGCUCACUCACACAUAAAAAAUACAAAAAAAAUAUAUGCCGGGGGAAGUGUCCACUUGUAAUAUUAUGAAAUGGUGGAGACUUUUUAUUCCCCCGUAAACUGUACCUUUUUUUAUUUUCUUCUUUUCACACCUGGAAUUGGAUGAUAAUAAUGUUUUUCCACGAAGGUGUGUUUAUUUAAGCAGGCUGAGGCUUGCUUGUGGAUAUAUUACCACUGCGUUCUGAUCUUUCUCCACCUUUGCCGGCUUGCUGAGUGCUUGUUUGUGCAGCGGCAGGCAUGGCAGGGAUCGGUUCUUGGGUUCUCUCUCUCUCUGUCUCUCUGUCUGUCUCUCUGUCUCAAGUGUUGUUGAUAGGAAGCGAGUGUGAAGCAAGAGUCUCAUUCAGGUAGUGUGCAAAUCAGAGUUAUAUUGUUAUCACAUUUGUGUCCUCCCUCCCCCCACAUGAAAUAGUUUCUUUAUUUUUAAUUCUCCUCAUGUAUUCCAGUGUCUGUCUGGUUGUAAGAGGCUUUAUCCUGUUCCUUAACAUCAAAGCAUUUUAUAAGAAUCAAGUCUUUCAUUCCCAGCUCGGGAAGUACACAGAUCCACUCGAAUGGCAUUUUAAGGUUGGCGUCUGUCUGCCGAGAGGCUCGAGGGGAGGCCGGCCAAGACUCCCACAGCAGAGUAGGACGUGUGAAUAUUUUUGCAACCAACACCGUGUGGAUGAUUCUGAAGGGUCUUAGUAGCGUGCAGUUCCAUAUUUAUGUAUAGCCCAUUGCAUACACACAUUAGUGUAUAAAUGCUCGUGCUGUGAUCUGAAUAUUAAGGUGGCCCAGGUCUGCCAGUAGUCCAAAGGGAAGAUUAUCAAUUGUUUUAAUCUCCAGGGGUUGAGUUGAGUGAGUUGCUUUUGUUCGUGUCUUUGGUUGUCAGCGGUUUAAGAGUAGUGUUGUCUCUCUCUCCCGUUUGUCACACCAGGCCUUAAGACAGGUGUAAAUAUUUCAGUGACAGGUUUUUAUAGUCUACAAGAAUUUAUUUGGUCGUGUAUAUCAAAUGUGCAUGGUAUUAAUCCCUAUUUUUUGAAGAUGUUUACUUAAUUCAUAAAUGAUUUACAUUCUGAGUGUCCACUAUUGCAGGGAAAACUUUCAAAAUUAUCAUGAGCAAAAGCCAGUGUCAGGUGCAUCAAAUAAGUAAGCUUACUAUUAUUACCUUUAUCCAGUCUACUGUUGUUAAAUAUUAAAAAAUCUAAGUUCCACCUUCAAAUUGACUCCUGUUUUAUUUCUUUGUAAGUUUACGCCAUCAGUAUAGAAAUUCUUGCCUAAGUUAGCAAGUAUUUUCCCGAAGAUACAACGCAUGUACUAACUGAUCUACCUACACUUGCACUACAGUGGUGGGGGACACCACGAGACAGCUGACUGAAGUACCUGUUUGAUAUCUCAUGUCCAACAAGCUUAUAUUCCAAAGCCUAUGCCAAGCAGAGGCUUUGCGGAAUAGCGUCAAUAAAGAUAUGGUCACCACCACUAGUUUCUUGCCGACUUGGUGUUGUGGUGCAUCACUAGCACACCGGUGGCAGGACUGCUUCUUGAUCAUGCUCAUCACCUUCACCACCACCACCACCACACCACCACCAUGCUAGGUUUGUGAUGUAGUCAGUCAUAUCCAUGUUUGACCUCAUACAACAUUUUGUUUGAGAAGGUAUGGAGCUUUAUCAGUGUAUAACCCCAAGGAAUAUAAUGAUGAACCAGUGUGGCUGUCCCUCAUAUCAUUACCAUGGUAUUGAAGCCAACUGUCAAACAUUUCCUGUUCUGCUGUUAACCAAGAGUGAGAUUUAAUUUUGGAUCAAAGUGUACAUACAUGAAAACCUUGGCUGACCAUGUCAGUAGCUCACUAUACUUGUCUUUUUGUUGAUGCUGCUUUGUUGUGUCGGCGAGAAGUGCCGGGCAGGGCGGCUCUUGUUUUAGGACCCGCGUGCUGCCGCCACGACACUCGCUGGGCGGCUGCAGCAGCCAGGGAGGGGCAGGGAGCAGCAUUGUGUACAUACUGUAGAGUUUUUAUGUAAAUCCUUACGCUAUUGUAUCAACUGUUUUAAGAGUACCAUUUUCUGUUGGCUUAUGGGAUAGAAUAAAUUAUUUGAUGUUAAA